AUGGCCGGAGAGGCCGCCGCCGCCGCUAGUCCCGCAGCCGUAAGGAAGCCCCCGAAGGAGGAGGUGGAGGAAGAUGAUGACGAAUUGGACAACGUCCCGCUGGCAAUUUCUAGGGCUAAGAAAUCGGGUAAUGCGAGCGCCUCCAAGGUCGAGAAGGAGGAGGAGGACGACGAGGAAGACAACCAGCCGAUUUCGCGUUCCCGGGCAAAGAAGGGAAACGAGAAGCAGAAAGGCACCACGAAUAGCAAUAUGAAGGCUUCGAAAGUUAAGAAAGAAGAAGCUGAUUCUGAUGAUGAUGGUGAUUUCACGCCAAUAUCACAGAAGAAAAGUGCAGGUGCUGCUGGAAGUAAUGCCAAGACAUCCAAGGUUAAGAAAUUUAAAGAUGAAGAUUUGGAAGAUCUCAAGGAGGUUAAGAAAAGGAAGAAACGAGUGGGUGUCAAAGAAGAGGCAAACAUGGCCAUUGUAAAGGCAGAGAAGGUGAAGAAAGAGAGGAAAGUGUAUGAAUUGCCAGGGCAGAAGCAUGAUCCUCCUGCAGAAAGGGAUCCAUUGAGGAUAUUCUAUGAAUCACUCUACGAGCAGGUCCCCACCAGUGACAUGGCCGCUACCUGGUUGAUGGAAUGGGGUUUGCUCCCGUUGGAUGUGGCUACAAAAGUUUUUGAGAAGAAACAAGGCCAAAAGCUUAAGUCACCAGUCAAAACACCUGUGGCAAAGAGAAAGCCUUCUUCUCCGACUCCAACCAAGGCACUGCCUUCAUCUGCAAAGAAGUCAGCUGGGGCUGCAAAGAGUGCUGGAAAACUGACGUCUCAAAAGAAGAGAAAGGCAAGUGAUGACACAGAUGACGAUGAUGACGACGAUUUCAUGGCUCCCAAGACAAAGACCAAGAGGCACAAGGCCUAG